GACACGGACAUGCACAGGGAUGCAUUCACUGAAUGUAGUGAGUGGCCCUCCCCCCUGCAGCCAGUCAGCAAAGCAAGCGACCAAGAGAGGGGCACAGGGACGCGGUUGAAUGAUACGGUCCUCACGAAUGAUAGCAUUCCUCUGUACAAACAUGCAUGCACAGCACACGGACAUGCAGCGAGCAGUGUGUGGAUACACAUACAGAUAACGUACAACACAGCUACAUAGAGAGGAAUGUCUAAUACAAAUGUAUGCAGCACUGACUGACGCACGCAAUGGCUAUGCAGUGGAUGGAUGGAUGAAUCAAGGGCCAACAGAAAUGGACACGACGAGACAGACUUGACAAUAAAGAGCACUGACCCCCAUGUCUUGCUUAAAUCAGUCGCCACACAGACAUACCUUCUCUUGCUCUCCACUGACGCACACCAUUCCCUCCUCCCUCCUGGCUCACUCAGAUGUCAGUCAUGAUGCGCCGGUCACGAAGGGUUUGGUGGACCAUUGGGCGACCUCGCUCACCGACCCCGCGAAGGCGACCUCUGUCUGGCACUGCUCGCACAGGUAGCCCUCUGGCAGCAUGGCCAUGGGCUCCUUGUCCUCCUUGAUGAUCUCCUUGUUGACCUCGACACGCCGCGCAUUCGCGGCCCUCACCCGGGGGAGGUUCUGCCGCCAGGCCCUUCGGCGGUCGGCAUAGCACUUGGUGCAGAUGUGCAUGUGGCGGCAGGGGAUGUACAUGACGGACGCCGGGCCGUGCUCGCCGAAACAGAUGACACAGGCCGGACCGUCAUCGCCAUCACCAUGCUGCUGAUGCUGCAUUGUUGUGUUGGCGUGUGUGGCUGAUGACGAGGGGCGCUGGGGGGCCGACGAACUGCUGCUGCUGCUGCUGCUGCAAGAGGGGGGCUGAUACUGGCGUGACGAUUGCUGUGCAGCAAUCUUGGCGAGCCUGGUGAGGGAAUGCCACAGGGAGACAAAUGAGUGCGCUGAUCUAUAUGGUAGCUUGGCUGAUCCACUUACUGCCAUUCAGCCUCUUGCAGCCGCCGUAUCAUCGCCUCCUCGCUCCGCCUGGCCUCUUGUGCCUUCUCCCGGGCCUCCUGCACCUCCCGAGCCCUUCGCUUGGCCUCCUGGUCCUUCUGCUCGAGUUGGCGGCAGAGCUGAUCGACGAGCUGCUCACUCCCAGACGCACCGCCACCCAUCAUCAUCGCACCAAACCUUCACACAAAACACGCAGCAUCAAGUUGGAACUAUAGUCUCCUCUCUCCCUGCCUCUGUGUACCCUGUGGAUGGCCCGCCAUUGCCGCCGUGCAUGGCCCCGGCCGCAGCGAAGGGGUCGGGUGCAUUGCUCGACGAGGGCGGCUGGUACCCCUCCUCCUCCUCAUAGUCAAAUAUGGGCGGCGGGGGCGGCACAUACAUGUCAUCAGCACCACUGUCGUCAUAGAAGGGGUUAGCCGACAGCCCACCACCACCAUUAGCAGCCGCAGCAGCUGGGGUUGGGCUAGACGGGAAGGGCUGAUGGAUACCGAGUGGGUGAGGCGGGAAGCCGGACGCUUGUGGGCCGCCAUUGUAGCUGACAGGGAGAGGGGAACCGAUCGGGUGGAAAGAGCUGCACAGCACAGCAGGAGAAGUUCAUAGAAGCGUUGCUGACAGACAGACAUCAUGCCCGUGUUACCUUGGGUCGAUCGGCGGGUGUGGUUGGGGUGGCGGUGGAAAGGCCGGCGGGGGCGGCACGCAGUACAUGACGUCACCGCCACUGUCGUCGUAGAAUGGAUCAGCCGACAACCCACCACCGCCACGACCGCCAGCACCACCACCAGCCGGUGGGGCGGGCCCGACAGGCGCAUUGGCGAAGAAGCCACUCAUCGAGGGACCAGCAGUAGACAGACUGGGACACACAGCAGGAGAAAACGCACUCAUUGCGGUCGGAUCCCAGCGCUCACUGUCUGCGGCCAUCUCACCUCGGCCACCCGUCACGUGUCGGCUGCUGUUGGUCGUCUUGUCCACUCUGCCGGUGCUGCUGCAGCGAUGGCCCGGUGCGCAGCUCCUCGGCCGACGGGAGUCGGUAGGGGAGGGAGGGAGGAGGGGGCGUUUGGUGGGCAAAUAUGGUCAUGAGGCCCCUCCCAGCCCCACGACCUCCCACCGGCCCACAGGGAGGCGACGCAGACCCAGACGGGCUGUCAUCGUCAGACAGCAGCGGACGGGGCACUGACGGACGCUUCGGCAGAGGAGGGGCCAUCCCCCCAUUGCCAGGUGACAUCUUGACGCGGCCCUUGGGGAACUGGGCGCUUGAGAGGGGAAUGGCGGCGGGCAUCCGAAUUGGUCCUCUGCCGCCGCGAUAACGAUCCUCAUUGGCGGCAGGUGCAAAGCGGCCCGUCUGCCCCGUCCGAUUGGCCCUGAGUGUGGGAUUGAGUGAGGGGCGGGGCGGCUGGCUCGGCUGAGGUGUGGGCGUCGGAGUGGGCCUGGUGGCGUGUUUGCCUUUGGUCUUCUUCUUGUGGCCCUCGUUCCUCUGUUGCCGUGCAUGUUGUCCGAAUGCCGAGUUGAGCAGCAUAGCGUCGCCGUCCUCAUCAUCGCUGCCGUCAGCGUCACUUCCACCAGCCGCCGACUCCGCCGCACCACCACCAUCACCAGGCCGAUCGCUGCCCGCAGUGGCUGACACGGACGGCACACCAGGCGCACCAGACCUGCAAAGAAGGAGAUCGAUACGCUCACAGAGGAAGCGAAUGUGUCAGGGCAUCUCGUUAAGCGGGUGGAUUGCUCACGUGUCGGCGAUGGACGAAGAGGGCUCCGGCUGACUCGCCUCAACCUCAUCCGCAGCAGAAGCCCGACUACAGACAGACAGACAGACAGACAGACAGACAAGGUAAACAGUCCCGUCAGCCCCGCACUGUGGUGUGCAUGGCUUGCUCACCUGGUGGAUGCGGCAGUGGAGGGCACCGAUGGCUCAAUCACCACAUCGGAGGGGCUCGCCGCAUCCCCACCUGCAGCAUCCUGCUGGUGCUGCUGGUGGUGUCCCUUGCCGCCCUUGUUCCUUUUGCCCUUGGCCUUUUUGUCUUUGGCCUCAUUCUCGCGUCGCUCCUGUGCGAGGAGGGCCUCCUGCAUCCGCUUUGCUUUGGCAUCCUGGGCCGCCAACUCGGCGGCUGAGAUGGCUGUCUUGGGUUGGGCCUUUGUGUCCUUCUGGUGCUGUUAGGCGAGAGAAUUGAAGAAAUCCGACACCUGAUGUGACAGAGAGAGGUGAAAAGGAGAGUCUCGUGCUGUGCAGGAGCGUUGCUCACUUGUCGUGAGACCUCGAUGCCGCUCCUGGGGUUACGCAUCGCCUUGACCGACUCGAACUGACAUGGCGGCACACAAAACAGUCAGAAAGACACAACACACACGACCCUCGGCGUAGCUACCUGCAGUAUCUGCCCGACGAUGGGAUUCGGUGCCCCUUUGGCGACCACCGACUUGCCAUAGCUGACACAUAUGACACAGCCACAAACAGACACACUCAAUGAUGCGUCGGACUUCCCUGUCUGCAGCUCAUGGCACAUGGCUGACCUGACGAUGCUCUUGAGAAUGUCGACAGCCGUCUUGCGUUCACUGUCAGGGACACCUGCCCUUUCGUUGAGACGUCCCCGUGCGUCCUUGAGCAGCAUGUCACAUAUCGGCUUCGCCAGUCCGUCAGUCCCCAACACCUACACACACACAAACGCACCACAGCACUCGUCCAAAUGAGAUGGGAGGUGCGUGAGGUUCCUUCGCUGACCUUCCUGUCUCUCUGACUGAGCUUCUUCAGACAGUCCAUGGAGAGGGCCAACAGAGGCCUCCCGAUCCUCUCGGCGCUGCCCAGGAGCGAGAUGAGGGUGGACAUGAACCCCGACUCGAUUAGAAGGCCAGUCUCCCCACCAUCUGCACACACACAGCCCCACACCCCCACACACACAUAGUUGAGGGACUUUAGGAGCUUCACGAGCUCACAGACGGACCUAUCAUGGCGAUCGCCGGGAUCAGCAGAGCGGUCGCAGUGAACAGUCCGAAGGAGAUCGUCAUCUCGUCAUCCACUAUGUGGUCCAUGCCCAAUGCGCUCAGGACCUUGUCGCGCAUUGCGGCAUCCAGAAGGAGACGACGAAGGGACUGCAUCGGCAGAGGGGCAGCAGCCGUGAUCUUGCCCACACCGUUCUGUUCGAUCGCAUCGACGAGGACGAAUCGAUGAUGCGCAACAGGAACAGGACCGCCACCUGUGGACACACACACGCAAUCCAGGUGCAUGACGGGCGCUCCCGCGCCAUCCCUUCCGUUGCCUACCUUUCCUCUUUCGCAUGCAGAGGACGAGAGCGGUGUGGAGAAGGGCUCCAACUGUGGGGGUCGCCACGGAGCACAGGCGAGAGGAAGGACUGGAUGCCGCGAUGAGGGUCAGCAGCGUGUCUAUGUGAGCGUAGACGUGUGUGUCGAGAGCCGCCCUGAUGGCCGGCCACUCCGUCACGAUACCUGCCAAGACAAAGGACAGCAGCCUCGUCCAAAAAGACGCAUCCACGUGCACUUUUCUGACCUUUGCGUGGCGAGUUCAAUAGGUAGUAUGCGGCAGAAACCAGCGCCGAUAUGAAGUGGCUCGUGCCCUCUGUCAAUUUGCCCUCUGUCUCGUCAUCGUCCAGCCGCUUCAGGCCCUCGACGAAAAUGGAGACGAACUCGAGAACGAGUUGAAAUGACGGGCCGAAGGGGGUGGGCGCGAACAGCUCCUUCAGCAUCGCGACGGCCUCGUUAGCCACUACUCGGUGUCUGAACUCGCGAAUGACAUCCAUCACCUGCCGGAGGGUCGUUUGAUGGGUCUGGAGGAAGCUCGCGCGAAGCUCGGGCCCUCCUGCCGCCUCGAGGGCGGUCGCCGCGUGAAGAGCGUAUUCGAUCAGUCGAAGUCUCGCAUAUGUCACGACGUCGAUGGCACCGGGCAGCGGCUCGUCGCCUGACGAUGCCUUGACGAUAGCAGACGUGAUGACGCUGUCGACCUCCCCGCCCAGGUCGGCCCCCACUCCUCCAUCCGAUGACAAAUGUUCCCACGUCAGGAUCUCGAAGAUGUCCUGGAUGGCCGACAGACGAUCCGACGGGGUCAUGCGCUCCAGGAAGCCACUGUGGACGAAGCAGAAGAGCACAUCUGCGAUUGCCACCUGGUACUCCACUCCGCUGCUAUCCACCAGACGCAUCAGGAAGCGGCGGAAAGCCGUCCUCUCCUUGGCGAACCUCAUGACCAGCCGUUUGACGGAUGAUUUAGCAACUGAGGUCCGCAGGCAGCCGGCAACAUCUUUGACUGCCGCAGUGAAUGUGUCGAUGUCGUCCGAGAAGAGGCCGUCCACCAGCCCAUCGAGGCCGCCAGACGAUGUCGAUGGAUGAGGCGGCGAGGGAGGACCUGACGCAUGAUGAGUGUCAGUGGGUGUCUUGGCCUUGACUGGGCGGCGCAAUCGGCCCGACGCGGCUGAGCUGCUGUCCGAGUUGGCCGUCUUGGGGAGCGAAUCUAUUAAGGACAAGAUCUAUAGACGAGGCAGGAGGGAAUCAGAGAGACAUCUGUGCAUCCAUCGGCUCAUGUGUGUGGUCGUGUGGUAUCGUUGACUCCGGCCCUCACUUUUGCUGACGGGUCACGGCGGCCUCUCAGCUGCUGGACGGCCUCACACUGGCAAUAAACCACACAAUCAGACAGACACGGACACAUUGCGAUUGACUUAUGGCCGCAAGGCUGAACACUCCUUUGUUCGGUCCUCACCUGCACGAUUUGGUCGACGAAGGGAUUGCUGGUCGCCUUGCCCUUAGUGACCAACUCAUCACCACACCUGCCGGACAGCCCAUGACAGACACACACAUGUGGAGCAGGUGCAGCCACUUUCAUUCCCAGGCAACCACCCCACUCACCCGAUCAUCCACUGCAGGAGCUUGACGACACAGUCGACGAGUGUCGGCCCCACAGGCUCGGCCAAUAGCUGGCAGACAGCUUCCACCACUCGAUGACCUGGGCCAAUGUCUCCCAACUCUAUGAAGGGAAACACAGCAUACACCCAGCCCUAGCUGUACAUGUCAGCUUGUGCCCCUUCCUGCGCCUCUCUCUCUCUCUCUCUCUCUCCGUCGCCAUUAUGCCUGACCUAUAGCUACUCUUGCCGCUAUCGUCAAACAGGCGAGCAUUGUGGGGUAGACGGCUGGCGGCAGCUCGGUGUCGUGGUCAGGAAGGGCAUUGGCCGCUCUAAUGGCUCUGAUGAUCAGCGAGGGGUUGUCAACCAGCGGCCGGCAUGACGACAGGGGGAGAGGGAAAGGAAGGUCAAACUGCUCGAUGACUCUGAGGACGCCCAUCAUGAUGGCACCCAGUGUGUCCGCCGCCAUAGCCAACAUCCCUCCUUCUGCCGAGCUGAUAAUGCCCAUGAGCGCGAGCUCCACGUGUGCACAAACGUGUUGUGUGACCAGCCGCUUGACGUCCUUCACGCGCAGGGCUGAUGGACCGACACACACACACACACACACACACACACACAGAGAGAGAGAGAGAGAGAAGGCGACAAAUUGAGUGGUCGGCCGGUCACUCAGUCAGCUUACAUCUGGCUUGCCGUCGGGAAACUGCAGUGACAAGCAGAGGAGGUAGAUCCAGCGCCCGCCGCCAUCUCUGUGGGUCCAUGAGGGUCGCUCCUUCCACCAGCUUCAGCAGGUGGUCGACCAGCAGUGUGAAUAGCGGGAGGGACAGGUGGAGGGGAAUGGGGGUGGGGUCCGCACCGGGGGAAGGUGACGAUGGGUUGAACGGCAGCAGCAGCGACUCCAACACGAAAAACGCCAUAGGC